CACACACUGGGCUGAGCUUCAGGUGAACGCGGCGGCACGCAAUGCUGCGGCUCUCAUUCACAUCAAUACAAGCUCGGGCUUAGUUCGCCGCGGACGAUGCUUUCUGACAGAUGAUUCAGUAAUUCUGAAAGUGAAUGUGAAAUCUACAGGAGGACCGAGUGUCCUGACCGAAGAGCCGUUAGUUUCUCUCAAGGAGAACGGAUGUUGUUUGUGAGUGAGAGGCUCAGGUGAAGUGCACAGAAAGCCACCUGAAGACAGAAGAGCUUCUCCUCGUGAGAUCGGACCCUGGACACUGAUUCGGUUCGUCCUGAGAAACGGCACCUUGAAAAAGUGAGGAGGGCUUUAAGUAACGCAAACGAGCGGAGAGGAUGUGAAGUGGUCAAUAGGCUAUUUAUUUAACGAUUCAUUUUUACUCAGGAUUAUGUAGGAUUCGUUCAGGUUACCCUCUUUGGGAAAAGUUCAGGAAAAGUCCCAGCGGAGGAAACGCUCGUAAAGCAUGGAUGCAGUUAGGUUUCCCGACUUUUUUGAGGAUAAAAACAAUCGGGAUCGCACACCUCGUGGUCUUUACUUCAUCAGAUGAGUCCAGUUUCAGAUCUCAAGAAGUUAUUUUGUGACACCUGACGAAGACCUAAAAUGCAGAAGGCAAACAACAGGAAGCUGUCUCUGUGCCAGACCCUCGCCCUCAUAACACUGAUGUUGUCUCCAGGAUGCCUGUCCUCUCUGCCUGGACCACAGAUGCAUAGCCAAAUACAUUUCAUGAACGAUUGGGCCCCGUGGGGCGGCUGGUCCGCGUGUUCACGCUCCUGUGGGGGAGGGGCCUCUGUCCGUACACGCACCUGUAUCACCAGGAAUCUGGUAGGAGGGCCUUGUCCAGGGGACACCAGACAAUACAAGAUUUGUAACACAAAGGAGUGUCCUGCUGACUCAAUGGACUUCAGAGAACUGCAGUGUAAAGCUUUCAAUGACAGACCCCUGGUCGCUGGCAGCAGUUACCGUUGGACUACCUUUCAUGGAGGAUCCGACCCAUGUGAGCUCAGCUGCCUGGCAAGCGGACACAACUUCUACUACAACUUUGGCCGAGUUCUUGAUGGCACACCAUGCCAAUCAGAUCAGGGGACAGUCUGUGUGAAUGGAAAGUGUCUGAAGCCAGGAUGUGACUUGAUCUUUGGAUCUGAGCAGCAGGAGGACGCCUGCAUGGUGUGUGGAGGCCACAACUCAACCUGCCUUCAUCACAGAAGCAUUUAUCAAAGCAACGGGCAGAACAACGGACUGUUUGGGUACAGUGAGGUCGCUAUGAUCCCGGCCGGAGCCACACACAUCAGAGUGACUGAUAACAGCAGAAACUAUCUAGCUCUCCAGAAUGGGCGCUCUCAGUUCGUCAUCAAUGGGAACUGGAAGAUCAAUAUUCCUGGGGAGUACAAAGUGGCAGGAACCAAGCUUCUGUACCGGCGCUCCGCUGAUACCUGGGAGAGUUUUGAGGUUCCAGGACCUACUCAGGAGGACCUGCACAUCAUGGUCUUGUCCACUGAUAAGAACUCUGGGAUUGAAUAUGAGUACUGGCUGCCUCCGGACCGCUAUGCCCUGUAUCAUGGGAGACGUCAGCUUCGGCAGCCUCACCACACAUCAAACCACUUGCCCUUUGAACUUCCAGCCACUACAGCUACUGCUACUACAACCACAACCACCACUACUACAACACAGCCAUUCACGAAACCUCGUUUCUGGGGUCCUGCUGCUCGCUGGCCUCUUCAAACCCCCCAUCAACAGCAGCCAGUACCACGUUUGGAAAGAGAUGAAAACCGCAGGAACCGACUGCCCGAAAUACAUCGUAGAGGCCACUGUGGGAAAUGUCGCCGGGUCCGAGGGAAAGCUGAGCGCCAGCGCCAGUAUUGCCAAAAAGAUUUUGUAUUUCGAGCAAAAGUGCUAAAAAAGGUCUAUCAUGGUGAGGAGACCCGCUACGAUGUGCAAAUCAUCCACACAUACCGCAACCGUUAUCGUCUGGAGCACCGGGAGUUCCUGUGGGCGCCCAACAGAUGUGACUGUCCCUUUCUGGAGGAGGGGCAUCAGUACAUUUUAAUGCUACGAAGGCAUAUUAAUUAUGAACGCACUCUCAAUCGUAUCCUGUUGGAGGAGGACAGCUACGCUCAGCCUUAUCGGGCACGUGAGGACAGCCUGCUGCGCCCCCUAGAGGAGCUUUGCGGUAACCGAGGGAGCCAGACUCAGUUCAGGGGGUAAACACACGGACAGUCACACUUAUUCUGAAGUUCAACUCUCAUGCCAAAAGACAAGCUGCGGACAGAAACCCAUUCUGACGUUGAAUUGAAAUCAGUGAUGGUUUUACUAAAGCAUUUUGCAUUCCUCAAUAAGGACAAUGGACACUUUGUCGGGAUGAAAUAUGUCCAUGAGGACAUGAGGCAAACCAAAGCAAAGAGAGUCACUAAAUGAAGCACUUUAGGUGGCCAGUCACCUUUUAAAACUUAUACACCAAAGUAAAUAAUAUACACACAAUUUAUGAUGCCUUUUCUGGCACCACGUGUUUGUUAAUGGCAUUGACAGCAUGUAUAGGAAGAGUUUGGUUCCAAAACGCUGUAAAUCCAUUUAGCUUAAUUUGAGUAAAAAUGCAUUUUCUUUAGAUCAAAAACACUAUUUUCUGUUUCAAACUUACACAUAGCAUCUUUUUAAAAAAAAUUAGAACAUUUUUUAAUUUUCAUAGAUUUAUUAUAAAAAAGUGAUUUAUUUUUCCCCCCAAAAUCCAAUAAACCCAUUACCCUUUUACUCUUACUCUUUUUUUUUUUUAAUUUAUGAAUUCAACAGAUCAUCUUGUUAAUGCUUUAAAUCAAUUACAACAAUAAAUGGAAAUUUCAGCAUGAACAAAAACAUAAACAACAUCACUUUAAACCAGACAAAUUCCAAAAUUACAUUUUCCUUAAAUUCAACUUCCAAGUGCAUUCAUCUAUGCCAUGUUACAUUCAUUUAGUAAGUGCUAUAGGCUUUGCAGCGCUGUAUAUAACAUGGCACUAUACACUUCUACUGACAAGCUACGCCAUAUCACAUGAUUAUGAAUGCUAUAUAGCAUAGCUUGUCAAUGAUCUACGGCUCUGUGUAUUAAACGCGCUCCAUCUAAAAGAAUAUGAAGGACAUUUUGGCAGAAACGUAAAAAAAAUGGCGUUUAUCGCGUGUUGGAACAAAACUCUUCAUAUCUUUUUAUGUGCAUUUUGAUGUUUUUAUAUAUGUAUUUAUAAGCAGGCAGUAUUUCUAGAGGAAACUUUGAAUUAUAUAUUUUGCCUUAUAAUUUUAAAUGUAUCACCAUCAAUAUUUUAGCUCUUAUCAACAGUUAUAAAGUCUCUCAGUGAUAUUAUAAAGAGUGUUUAUGGGUCACAUAUACAUUUACACAUUCAAGAUAAGCAUAUACAUAAAGCUGUCUAUGGCGUAGCGCUUUUGCCAAAGAACAGUUGUUUUCUGCUUUAUAUUUGGCAGCCGUUUUCCCUUUAAUCAUUAGCAGACUAACUAAGAUUAUCCUAUUACCUUGAUGUGGUUCUUAAAUUAUGGUCCAGCCUUUCUACAAAACACACACAAAUCGAGAAUGUGUUUUGUUAAAAAUAUAUUUAGAAAAAUAACUUAUCUUUUAUGACAGUGACAUCAAACUUUCUAACAUAAACAUGCAAUUAGGGCUAAACAG